GUAUUUACUUGUUCAAGUGUGCCUUGUUUUUUGGUUUUUUUAUUUUCCUGUUCAGAAGGGAAUACAAAAUGGCAGCUACUUGCACAUAUGUGAUAAAGUAUUUGGAUGGAUUUAUAUUCAAAUGCUUGUUUAUUUGUUUUUUUUUUUUUUGUAUAUUUAUGUCGAAUGAAAACCUCUAUGGGUAAGAUGAGUGGUUGAUGAGAUAUGAAGAUCUCAUGUCAGUUGAGUGUAUGACCAAUGUUGUCCUUGAGCUGUUAUUUGUGGCUGAAUUAGGUCUAUUCCUUUCUCAUCUAAUACAAUCUUUUGAAAGUAUUUCAAUUUUGCCAUAGUUAACAAAUGUUUGGUUAAGAAGAAAUAUUGUGGAGGGAGAGGAAAUGAGGGAAGAGUGACAAGCAGCAAAAUUGGAGCUGUUUGGUAGCGUGAAAAGGGCAAUGAAAUACUAACAAGCAGUGGAUCCCGCAGUUUUGAAGUUCCAUGAUUUGCAUGCAAUCUUUGGUGUAAUUCUCAUUCGACAAAACUGGCACUGCACGAGUUGCUACUGGAGCUCAGCGGCACUGCUGGUGGUCGUCAUCUUUGUGGAGUCAAUUUUCAAUGUUUUUGGUUGAAGGCAUAAUCCAUUAUGGUGCCACCUCAUCAAUUAUACGUUCAACAAAAAUUGGUUAUGAAAUAGUUGUUGGGUUUCUUGAGAGAAGAUCACCGGAGAGAUACAACAAUGAGACAUUAGUCCAAUCCAUACAUAAAGGAUUGACACCAUCUUUAAACCAAAACCUUAAGACAAUGGGUUUUCAUCCUUAUAUGGUGUUAAACUUUCUUAUUUUUACUCAACUUGAGACUUAGACGUACACUUAGAUUUCCAACCGUACUAUACCAAUAGAUUCCUACCAUAAUGUUAGCUACAUGUUGGAUCUUGGUUAAGUUUGAUUUGUUUCAUUUUCUUUUUUAUUUUACCUGUCAAUAAGUUUCAAUUCUUUAAAUCAUGCAUUUCAUUCGAUUCUGAUUUUUCAUUCCUUGUAAAUUAAAUGACACUAAGAAACAUUAGGUCUAUCCUUUCUACAACUUUAAUUGGUAAUUUCACUUAUCUACAAAGUCAGUGGACUCAGGAUGCAUACUUGUUAAGAGCCUAAGUGAUUGUUAUGAAAUUGCAGUUCCAGAUUCUGAUAUUAAUCUUCCAUCAGAUACACAUACGAUCAGACGAGAGGUGGUCAAAGGCAGAAGCACCCUUAAGGCACUGGAGGGGUUUUAAAACCUUGAAGCAAGGCGUGUUAGAAAGUACAUGCCAUACCAAAGAAAGGCAUAUUAACAUUAGAAAAAGAAAACAGAAAAAUAUCUUACUGUUUCAGUAUUCAGCAUUGGUUUUCAUAAAAGAUGCUAGUCCUAAUCUGAAAAUGGAAAACGAUCAGAGAGCUGGUGGUACACAAGAUAGUUCAAUAAUGAAAUCUGUUGAUCAAAGAGUGCGCUCUAAGGGGCGCAAUGACAUAAUGACUCGCCGGCUGAAGAAUCGAGAGAGGCAACGAAGGUACAGGGCACGGAAGCGGCUAGAAGCUGAAACAAAGAAGUCAUUUGUUGUCGAAGAGACACCAACUGUGAAAGUUGAACAACCACCAAAUGGGAACCACAACAACAACUUCAUGACCCGAAUAUAUUGCAAACGAGAUUGGAAGAAGGAUGCUAGACGUGCCCAUGUGUUAAAACAUCAACAAAUGAAUACCAUAACUGGCAUGCCUGAGAUGUCUUGCUUAGCCAUUGGAAAUAAGUCAGAAACAGUGCCAGAGAAGAAGGAAAUUCAGUCUGAAUCUUCUAGUGUUGUUAGUACUGAAACUCCUAGAGUGGUGUUGAGUCGAAGAAAUUGGAAAGCAGAAGCUAGAAGAAAGAAAAACUAGUUGACUCUUCAUUUCGCGUUUUGAAAAGAGCUUUGAAAUUAUCAGCACUGGAGAAAAUCUGCUUCAUUUUCUACGUUAUUCAUUCAUAUAUUUCAUCACAGACGUAGAAAGGCCAUUAAAGAAGAUACCUGGCUGAGUCUAUCUCAUUGCUUGAUCUUUGUCACAGAGUUAAUCAGAAGAUCAUCUCCACAGUGAAACGGAUUUUUUAUGACACGUUGAGUAUGCAGGUAGAGUUUUCAACUUUAGUGCAAUGUAUGCUUGAGAAACAAACUAUCAAUCCUAUUUAUGAAUUUGUAAUAUAUAAAUCUUGAUUUACGAAAUAAGAUGCUCUUAGAAGUCAAUCUCAUA